AUGUCCCAGGCGGUGCUGCUGCUGCGGCGGCUCCGGGAGCGGCACCGGCACCGGCACCGGGACAGCGGUGAGGAACGGGGCUGGGACCGGGACCAGCACCGGGUGCGGGAUCAGGAGCUUGACUGGGACGGAGAUCAGGAUCAGGACCAGGAUCAGUACCAUGACAGAGACCGAGAUCAGCACCGGGACCAGCACCGGGCGCAGCAUCAGGACCUUGACGGGGACCGAGAUCAGCACCGGGACAGGGCGCGGCAUCAGGACCGGCACCGGGAUGAAGACCACGAAGGGGACCGCCGGGGCGCCGCCGCUGCUGGUUCGGUCCCCGCUGCGCUCCCCCCAUUGAUCCCCGCCGCGAUGCGUCCCGGCAUCAAACUCUUCGUGGGCAAUGUCCCCGAAGAGGCGUCGGCGGAGGAAUUGAGCGAGCUGUUCUCCGGCGUUGCGGGGCCGGUGCUGGGCGUCGCCCUCAUGAAACAGUUCGCCUUCGUGCACCUGCGGGACGAGGCGGCGGCCGCGCGCGCCAUCUCGCAGCUCAACGGGCACCAACUGCACGGCCGCCGCAUCGUGGUGGAGCCUUCCCGGCCGCGCCCCACCAACACCUGCAAGAUCUUCGUGGGGAAUGUGUCGGCCGCGUGCACGAGCGGGGAGCUGCGCUCGCUCUUCCAGCAGUACGGCCCGGUGGUGGAGUGCGACGUGGUGAAAGACUAUGCCUUUGUGCACAUGGAGAACGAAGCCGAUGCUAAAGUUGCCAUCGAAAACCUAAAUGGGAAGGAGGUGAAGGGGCGCCGGGUGAACGUGGAGCUCUCCACCAACGUGCAGAAGAAGGGCACGGGCCAGGCGCCGCCGCCCGCCCUCGGCGUCGACAAGACCAAGCGCAUCGGCCUCGAGUACCGCGAGAAGUUCCAGCCCAAGAUCGAGGGCUUCGACCAGCAGCGCCGGGCGGCCGACGCCGCCUUUCCCUCGGCGGCCGCAGGCGCCGGCUACGCCACCACCCCCUCCCUGUACGAUUACCAGCAGCGCUUCGGCGCCAAGUACGACGCCUUCGAUGCGCAGCCCCGGCCCGCCUCCCCCUCCUACUUCGGCAGGGACCGCAGCCCGCUGCGGCGCUCGCCCACGCGCGCUGGCUACGCGGCGGUGACGCUCCCCAUGACGGGGGAGCUGGCUGCCGGCUCCUACGGUGCCCAGCCCAUGGAUGGCCACGCCGGCUCCUACGGCGCCCAGCCCGGUGCCGCGCUGUCCGCCGGCUACAGCGCCCAGGCCGUGGCAGUGCAUGCCAGCUCUUACAGCGCCCAGGCCGUGGCUGGUCACGCUGCUGCUGCCUACCAGCCCGUGGCCGGCCACUCAGCCUCCUACGGCGCCCAGCCCGCGCUGUCAGCUUCGUACGGCGCCCAACCCACCGUGGGCCACUCGGCCUCGUACGGCGCCCAGCCCGCCGCGGGCCUGCCCGCGUCCUACGGGGGGGGGGAGGUGGCGGCACACAGUCCGGUGUCUGACCCCGUCCUGCGCCGGCUUUGCCCAUCGCGGUGCGUCCCCGGUGGCAGAUCCGGGCGCCGUCCCCCCUGGCUGACCCCGUCUCUUUUCUUGCCCAGGUACGGCUCCGAGCGCCGUCUGUCCGAGCUGGCCGAUUACCGGCGCUUAGCGGACUCGCCGCUGGCGUACCGCCGCUCGCCCACCAAGUCCCCGCUGGACUACCGCCGCCUGCCGGACGCGCACAGCGAGUACGCCCGCUACUCGGGCGGCUACGGCGACUACAUGCCCCCCGCCCGCGUCCACUCGGGCUACCAGCGCCGCCUCUGAGCCGGCCACGGCCCCGCUCGCCGCCCCGCUGGGGCACGGACGGUUCUUUUUUUUCAGCCAAUUUUUUCUGGUUUUGCUGUUUGAGAUUUUUAGAAGGUUCCAGGUUACGGUUGGCAGUGGCCGCGUGGUUCGUCCCCUGCCGGCGCUCAGUGCCAGUUCAUAACCCGCCAAUGGUUGCGGCUGUGCAGACUCUUUUAUACCAUGAAUUGUCCCGUUUUUUGGGCGAAUUCCCUGUUUGCAGCGUUGGGCCCAGCACGGUGCUGGGGUUUUUUUAUGACUGUAAAUAAACGCUGGGGUCUGCGCCGGUUCCCAACGCCUCCCGCCUGGUUCUUUCCCAGUCCCCAGGGUCCAUCCUACCCCUGGGGACACCUCCCAAUGCCAUCAUCACCAUCCAGCCCGGCUUGAUGCCGCUCCCGGUGCCGGAUUUGCUUUCCCACCACAGAGAAGGCGGAUUUGGAGGAUGAGCAGUGUUCAGAGCUGGCAGCAGAAGUGCCAGACUCGGCCCUGCCAUGACACCACUGCACGGGAUCACUGGCACCGACCUGCACCAGGGCUUGUUUAGGGUGAGAAAAGCUGGUUUUGAGGAGUGGUGUGUGCCAUGCCAGGGGGUCUGGGUACCACUGGCACCACUGUGACCGUUCCUACAAGUGCUUCCUGUCCCCAUCUCUCGCCAGGUCACAGCCCAGUCCUGGCUGUGCCACAGGGCUCAUUAACCACUGAAUAAUUAGCCAGGCAGGAGGGUCUGACACUUCUCCCCUCCUUCCCAGGGUGGCCACACACCCUGGCCUUGAGUCCCCAGGUGUGGCGAUGGCAGCGCCCACGGGUGACCAUGGCACCGAUCGGCGCUGGCGAGGCAGAACUGGCAACAUCACCAAAGGCACAUCCUGGGCUUAAUGGCCUUAAUUAAUGAACACCGAGAGACAAGAGGGCGUCUGGGGAUAAACGAGCCAAUGUGAGGACAAAAUGAACCAGUCUGGGGACAAACAAGACGGUCUGGGGACUGAUUAGCCCAGGGCAGGUUAAGUGGCAGCUCCUGCUGGCCAUGAGGAGGAAGAGCUGGGGGUUAAAGCCCCUCUGGUAGCCCGGCUGUCCCUUUUGGGGGCGCCAGGACUGAUUUGGGGGUGCUCCUGUUUGCAGCAGAGCCAGGCAGGGCACAGGCAGCACUGGGGAGUCCAGAAGGUUCCGUGCCGUGUUCUCAGGGGACUCCGAGUGCAGAGAAAGAACCGGGGGCAGAGCCAGCGCCGUUUGUUAAAAAUUUUGAGUUUUAUUUUACCGGAAAGUGGGGUCGGGGGACUCUAAAUCACUCAGGGGGUUCCACCCCCGCCGGCGCGGCGG